GAAAAGCCAAGGCUGGUGCCUAUGAAUUUGGGAUUCAAUUGGAAGAAUCGCUCACUAGGGGGAAAUGGAUUCUGUACCAAGACUGACCAGCGUUUUGACUUUGGUGCUGUCUGGCUUGUGGCACAUUGGAUUAACAGCAACAAAUUACAAUUGUGAUGACCCAUUGGCCUCUUUCCUCUCACGGAAGGCUUUCUCCAGUUCCUCAGAUCUCACUGGAAGUUCCAGCUCAGCUCAAUUGAAUGGGAGAAUGGGAACUGGUGGUUGGUCUCCAGCAGAUUCCAGUGCCCAUCAGUGGCUGCAAUUGGACUUGGGAAACAGAGUAGAGAUUACAGCAGUGGCCACACAGGGAAGAUAUGGGAGCUCUGACUGGGUAACAAGCUAUUGCCUGGUAUUCAGCGACACAGGGCACAACUGGCAACAGUACAAGCAAGAAGACAGCAUCUGGAAGUUUACAGGAAACAUGAAUGCUAACAGUGUAGUUCACCACAAGCUGCUGCACUCUGUGAGAGCCCGCUUUGUUCGCUUUGUGCCCUUGGAAUGGAAUCCAAAUGGAAAGAUUGGCAUGAGAGUGGAGGUCUAUGGAUGCUCCUACAAAUCGGAUGUUGCUGACUUUGAUGGUCGGAGCUCACUUUUGUACAGGUUUAAUCAGAAGACAAUGAGUACCCUUAAAGAUGUGAUCUCCCUGAAAUUCAAGAGCAUGCAAGGAGAUGGGGUUCUGUUCCAUGGGGAAGGGCAACGUGGAGACCACAUCACCCUAGAGCUCCAGAAUGGAAGACUAGCCCUAUACCUGAACUUGGAUGAUAGCAAAGCCCGGCUCAGCAGCAUUAUACCCUCAGCCAUUCUGGGUACCCUUCUGGAUGACCAGCACUGGCACUCAGUUCUCCUGGAACGUGUGGGAAAGCAAGCAAACUUCACUGUGGACAGGAACACACAGCACUUUCGGACCAAUGGUGACACUGAUGCCCUCGACAUCGACUAUGAGCUCAGUUUUGGAGGAAUUCCAGUACCAAGUAAACCUGGGACCUUUUUAAAGAAAAACUUCCAAGGCUGUAUUGAAAACCUUUACUACAAUGGAGUGAACAUAAUUGACUUGGCUAAAAGACGCAAGCAUCAGAUCUACUCCGUGGGCAAUGUCACCUUUUCCUGCUCAGAACCACAAGUUAUACCCAUCACAUUUGUCAACUCCAGAAGCAGUUAUUUGCUGCUACCUGGCACCCCCCAAAUUGAUGGUCUGUCAGUGAGUUUCCAGUUUCGAACAUGGAAUGAGGAUGGUCUGCUUCUGUCCACAGAGCUGUCUGAAGGCUCAGGAACCCUGCUGAUCAGUCUGGAGGGAGGGACUCUGAGGCUCCUGAUUAAGAACAUGGCAGGACAUGGAACUGAAAGCCUCACAGGCAGAAGCUUGAAUGAUGGCCAGUGGCAUUCUGUCAACAUCAAUGCAAGGAGAAAUCGUGUUACUCUCACACUGGAUAAUGAUCCUGCUUCUACAGCUCUGGAAACCCCCUGGCUACAGAUAUAUUCUGGAUAUAGUUACUACUUUGGAGGGUGCCCUGACAAUCUCACCGAUUCCCAAUGCUUAAACCCCAUUAAGGCUUUCCAAGGCUGCAUGAGGCUCAUCUUUAUUGAUAACCAGCCCAAGGACCUCAUUUCAGUUCAGCAAGGUUCCCUGGGGAAUUUUAGUGAUUUACACAUUGAUCUGUGUAGCAUCAAAGACAGGUGUUUCCCCAACUACUGUGAACAUGGAGGACACUGUACUCAAACCUGGACAAACUUCUACUGCAACUGCAGUAAUACUGGGUACACAGGAGCCACCUGUCACGAUUCCAUCUAUGAGCAAUCCUGUGAGGUAUACAGACACAGAGGGAACACAGCUGGGUUCUUCUAUGUUGACUCUGAUGGGAGCGGGCCACUGAGACCACUUCAGGUGUACUGCAAUGUUACUGAGGACAAGAUCUGGAUGACAGUUCAACACAACAACACAGAGUUGGCUUGGGUACAGAGUUCCAACACUGAGAAACCCUAUGCCAUGAACUUAAAUUAUGGUGGGAGUAUGGAGCAGUUGGAGGCUCUGAUUGAUGGCUCAGAGCACUGUGAACAGGAGGUAACAUACUACUGUAGGAGAUCGCGCCUGCUUAACACACCAGAUGGAGCACCAUUUGCCUGGUGGAUUGGGAGGUCCAAUGAAAGGCACCCUUACUGGGGAGGUUAUUUUCCUGGAGUCCAGCAGUGUGGAUGUGGCCUAGAGGAGAGCUGCCUGGAGAUGUCAAACGAUACUGGUUUUCUUUCCUUCAAAGAUCACUUGCCUGUAACUCAGAUAAUUAUCAGUGAUACCAACAGAUCAAACUCAGAAGCAGCUUGGAGAAUUGGCCCCUUGCGUUGCUAUGGUGACCGACACUUCUGGAAUGCUGUCUCAUUUUCUACUGAAGCUGCUUACCUCCAUAUUCCUACCUUCCAUGCAGAAUUCAGCGCUGAUAUUUCCUUCUUUUUUAAAACCACUGCUUUAUCUGGCGUUUUCCUAGAAAACCUUGGCGUUAAAAACUUCCUCCGACUUGAAAUGAGCUCUCCUUCUGAGGUCAUAUUCGCCAUUGAUGUUGGGAACGGUCCUAUGGAGCUCCUUGUCCAGUCUCCUUAUCCUCUGAAUGACAACCAAUGGCAUUACAUCCAGGCUGAGAGAAACAUCAAGGAGACCUCAUUACAUGUAGACAACCUUCCAAAGAGUAUGAGGGUGGCCUCAGAGGAAGGCCACUUUCUACUUCAUCUGAAUAGCCAGUUGUUUGUAGGGGGAACAUCAUCAAGACAGAAAGGCUUUCUUGGAUGCAUCCGUUCAUUACAUUUGAAUGGGCAGAAAGUAGACCUGGAAGAGAGGGCAAAGAUCACAUCUGGAGUCAGACCUGGCUGUGCAGGUCACUGCAACAGCUAUGGAAGGAACUGCCAAAAUGGGGGCAAGUGUGUGGAGAAGCAUAUUGGCUACACCUGUGACUGUACUAACUCACCAUAUGAAGGACCUUUCUGCAAGAAAGAGAUUUCAGCACUUUUUUAUUCUGGAACCUCUGUUGCAUACAUGUUUCAAGAACCAUACCCGGUGACCAAGAACACAAGCCUCUCAUCAUCAGCUAUCUACAAAGAUACAGCUCCAUCCAAGGAAACCAUCACACUGAGUUUCAUGACAGCACAAGCUCCUGCCCUCUUGCUCUACCUCAAUUUCUCUUCUCAGAAUUUUCUGGCUAUUCUGCUCUCCAGGAAUGGAAGUUUACAGAUUCAAUAUCGACUAAGCAAGGAAGAAAGUCAUGUGUUCACCAUCAGCACAGAGAAUCUUGCCAAUAGAAGAGUACACCAGGUGAAGAUGAGCCGAGAUGGGCCAGAACUUUCCAUUCAGAUGGACCAGCAACUCUUCAGCUAUAACUUCUCCCCAGAAGUGGAGUUCCAGACAGUGAGGUCACUUGUCCUAGGCAAAGUCACAGAGACUCUUGGGUUGGAUCCAGAAGUUUUUAAAGCAAAUACACUGGGUUUUGUUGGAUGCCUUUCUUCAGUCCAAUAUAACCAUAUAGCACCAUUGAAGGCAGCCCUCCGCCAUGCCAGCAUUUCACCUGUGACUGUUCAAGGGACUUUGACAGAGUCCAGCUGUGACUCCAUGAUAGACUCUGAUGUGACUGGAGUGACUACUGUUUAUUCUCCAUCAGUUCCCUUUGGAAAGACAGAUGAGCAUGAACCACUCACAAAUGCAAUCCAGAGUGACUCAGCAUUCAUUGGAGGUGUCAUAGCAAUUGUGACAUUUAUCACUUUUUGUGUCCUUGGAAUCAUGGCCCACUUCCUCUAUCAGCAAAAGCAGUCACACCGUACCAAUCAGAUGAAGGAGAAGGAAUACCCAGGCAACUUGGACAGUUCCUUUAGAAAUGACAUUGACUUGCAAAACACAGCCAUCGAGUGCAAACUGGAAUACUUCAUCUGAACUGUUGUGUGGUCAUCUGGUCCUCUUUUAUGCAGAGGCAAAUUUCUGUAGAAGAAAAUAAAUCAUGUCUUGGACAGAGAAAGAGAAAAAGGUACCUGUAUCACACAAUUUCUGUAGCUGGGUUCCACCUGGUAGUUCUGGCUGGUCUAGUGUUCUAUUAUAAAUCAGCCUGACCUCAAAACUCAGAGAGAAAUAUCUGACUCUGGCAAGGUGUAGACCAUCAUCUCUCCUUAUAUAAGAUGCAUUUGAAAAAUGUUAAUUUUUUUAUAUUAUUGAUAAAGCAUUUCAAAUGUAUGCCUCUAUAUGUGGCAGACACAUGUAGAGACUGCAAGCAGAAAAGAGCAGUCUACUUCUGUUCCCUUCUGUUACCACUUCUUUGGUGGAUAAUCCCUUAUGCCACAGCUCUUUUAGAUCUCCCUUACAUUGUUUGAUAGCCUGGUAUUUUUAAUUCUCCCCACUGUGCUGCAAAGAACCAUUAGACGAUAGUUAGAACAAUCUCUGAGACCUAUCAUUAUUUGUCUAUUGAAUUAAUAAUUUAUUGAUGUGCUUCUCAUCUAAGCAACUUCAUACUAAUAUAUGAUCUACAUGGCUUUUUCCAGCCUUGGGUUUCAUACAUGUUCUCUCACCAUAUCAUCUGAAUUAGAAGACUUACACUGGGAGUGUGCAUUUAUAACAUCCACAUUGUAUCCGUGGACAUGGGCACAAAUCUGUGGAACUAUUGUUUAGUUUGUCUACCAACUGCUUCACUUCUCUGGAAUUCUCUAGUGCUACAAUCCAUCAAUGCUAUUACAACUGCAGUCUGACAAGAGACUCAUGGGCAACUAUAUUGUUUUUCUACUUAUUAUUCUGGAAAUAAUUGCUUAUGUAUUCUUGGUCCUCAACUGUCCUCCAGACCAUGUUUCAGUUAAAUAAAUAAACAUACAAGGUUAUACCUGUAUAUGGCAAAGAAGGAUAAUGGAAGAGGGAUACAGGCAAAUGAAAACAUGCUUCAGUUUUUGAAGGAUGAUUGAGUUAUCUUUAAUUUUCUUCACAGAGAUUGUAAAUGUGUUGUUUAAAAGACUCAGCUUAUCUGAAUCACUUCUAUACACUUUGGAACUUUCUUGGGACUUUCUUAACAUCUCCUUGGCUUUACCCUGAGUCUUCCUCACAUCAUUUGUUUUGAAUAUGUAUUUUUGUUCUUUCUUAUGUUUGUGUUCACAAAUUCUAAAUAGUUUAUCCACCUGAUGGGAGAGAGUAUGCAACACGUACACACACACACACACACAGAGAGAGAGAGAGAGAGAGAGAGAGAGAGAGAACCUUAGCAGGGCUUUUCCUCAGAUAUUAUUUAGAAAACUAAGUCUACUUAGACAGCCAUCAUGAAACUCUAUGAAGAGUCUUCAAAUGAUUUUCCUCAGUAGACAAAAUUUGUGUCAAAUAGCAGAUUAAAAUUAGGAGGCUAGUCACAAAAUAUUACAAAGCUGAUAUGUACUAGUCAUAGUUUCAUUAGCAUUAUACUGUGUCAUACUUCAGAUCCCAGUAGUAAAUCUCAGAGGACAUGGAAAAGACACUGGAUACAUAGAACAGGCUACUAUUGCCUUCUUGAAUUCCUUCCUCAGAUGUAUAUUUUCAUUGUAAUUUCAUAGAAUGAAAUGAAUGGGGCUCUGUCUAGAUUUACUUUUACAUUAUACUCAGCCAUGUCCCAAAGACAUAUAUGAAGUACGAACUUAAUCUCUUCUCUUUGAACAGAGUAUCAGUAAGUACAAUCUUGCCCUGCCUUAAAUAACAUUGCAAAAAUAAAUAAAUAAAUAAAUAAAUAAAUAAAUAAAUAAAUAAAUAAAAAGCAAAUGACCAUACCUGGCCCAAAAUAGUUUGCUUGAAUCAUAAGAAGGACUUUGUAUUUGGUGAAGAUCAAUGCCUGUAAUUUUAUCUUCAACUUGGGAAUAAAUAGGCUUCUCAAUAGCCUGUGUUCAUUUUAAUAGACACUUCCAACUGCCAGAGAACCUAUGGCAGGAAAGUAGAAUAUAAGGACAUGGUGAUACAGGACACAUUCUAAUUAUACCAUAUAAAGUAGGCAACACUUCAUAUUUGGCUCAUGAAAUUUCCAAAUUCCAAAGACAUAGACUGUCCAUGGUCAUUUGAAAUGAGAAACUAGAGUCUUCCUGACAUGGUCAGGACUUUCUUUGGAAGAAUAAGAGAUCAGGGAGAUCACUUUCAGAAGGUAAAUAACAAAGUAUAAAAGACAAUUUGCCAAAUACUUAAAAGGCUGUCUUUUGAUUAAAGCACAACAGAAGCAAAAAAGACCAUUUAAUUCCUUUGGGGUUAACAUGAGACUCCUUGUUUCUUUGGGGUUUGUUCCUGUAACAGAAUCCCUAGACCCAUAUGAUGUUGCCACAGUCCAUGUCUGCUUUGUAGACCAUGUAAUAUGUCUUAAUACACUGUAUGGCAAAUGUUAAAGUUAGCCUUCAAUUUCUUUAUUUUCUAUG